AUCCCUCCCCGUUCAUACUGAGUCUCCAAACAGAUGCGCUGCGUUCAAAUCUGCGGAUCCACAAAGAAGUCGAGCUAAAGCAAAAGGAUCUUCCUUGAUACACACAGAGAAAGAGAGCAACGACAGACCCCACCGUUCCCAGCUGAAAAAGUUACAAAAAAUCUCCGGGAUGCUUGUGCUUUAAAUACGAACUGAUCUGGGAUCAUUGUUUACAUCAUAAUCCUCUUAUUAACUCCUCUAUUUUCUGCACGGAGAACGGCUGGAAAAUGUCGCAUCCUCCUGCCAAGUUUAAAAAGGAUAAAGAGAUCAUCACGGAGUACGAGGGGCAAGUCAAAGAGAUUCGAGCUCAACUGGUGGAGCAGCAGAAAUGUAUCGAGCAGCAGACAGAGAUGAGGGUCCAGCUUCUGCAGGACCUCCAGGACUUCUUCCGAAAGAAGUCAGAGAUCGAGAUGGAGUAUUCCCGUAACCUGGAGAAGCUGGCUGAGCGCUUUAUGGCCAAGACCAGAAGCACUAAGGACCACCAACAAUACAAAAAAGACCAGAACCUCCUUUCCCCAGUGAACUGUUGGUAUCUGUUGCUGAACCAGGUGAGGCGUGAGAGUAAAGACCAUGCCACGCUGAGUGACAUCUACCUGAACAAUGUCAUCAUGCGCUUCAUGCAGAUCAGCGAGGACUCAACACGCCUCAUGAAGAAGAGUAAAGAAAUAGCAUUUCAGCUGCAAGAGGAUCUGAUGAAAGUCCUAAAUGAGCUCUACACGGUGAUGAAAACCUACCACAUGUACCACACGGAGAGUAUAAGUUCUGAAAGCAAGCUGAAGGAGUUUGAGAAGCAGGAAGAAAGGCAGAUCGGUCGAACAGGGGACCCCGUCUUCAACGUGCGUCUGGAAGACAAAACCCCAAGACGCAGCUUUGUUAAGAAGAUUGAGAAGAUGAAGGAAAAGAGGCAGGCCAAGUACUCUGAGAACAAGCUGAAGUCGAUCAAAUCCCGGAACGAGUACUUGCUGACUCUGGAAGCCACUAAUUCCUCUGUAUUCAAGUAUUACAUCCAUGACUUGUCUGACCUAAUAGAUUGCUGUGAUCUGGGCUAUCAUGCCUCUUUAAACCGGGCUUUGCGCACCUACCUCUCGGCUGAGUAUAACCUGGAGACAUCUCGUCACGAGGGGCUGGACAUCAUCGAGAAUGCUGUGGACAGUUUGGACCCUCGCAGUGACCGUCAGCGCUUUAUGGAGAUGUAUCCAACCGCUUUCUGUCCUCCGGUCAAGUUUGAGUUCCAGCCACACAUGGGAGACGAGGUGUGCCAGAUUACGGCACAGCCUCCGGUCCAGGCUGAGCUGAUUCUAAGGUUUCAGCAGCUCCAGUCACGCCUUGCUACACUGAAGAUUGAGAAUGAGGAGAUCAAGAAGACCUCUGAGGCCACGCUGACCACCAUCCAGGACAUGGUCACUAUCGAGGACUAUGACGUGUCUGAGUGUUUCCACCACAGUCGCUCCACAGAGUCGGUCAAGUCCACCGUGUCCGAGACGUACCUCAGCAAACCCAGCAUCGCCAAGAGACGUGCCAAUCAGCAGGAGACCGAGCAGUUCUACUUCAUGAAAUUUCGUGAGUUUCUUGAGGGCAGCAAUUUGAUCGCCAAACUCCAGGCCAAGCAUGACUUGCUGAAGAGAGCACUGGGAGAAGGUCACCGAGCAGAAUACAUGACCACAAGCCGUGGACGGCGGAACUCUCACACCCGGCAUCAGGACUCUGGACAAGUUAUUCCACGAGUGGUAGAGAGCUGCAUUCGAUUCAUCAAUCUUUAUGGUCUUCAGCAUCAAGGCAUAUUCCGUGUAUCUGGCUCUCAGGUUGAAGUCAAUGAUAUUAAGAAUUCAUUUGAGAGAGGCAACGAUCCUCUCACUGAUGAUGAGGAUAACCAUGAUAUGAACUCAGUGGCAGGAGUUCUCAAACUCUACUUCCGAGGACUGGAGAACCCCCUCUUUCCAAAGGAGAGGUUUAAUGACCUUAUCUCCUGCAUCAGAAUAGAAAACCUGUAUGAGAGGGCCCUAUACAUUCGUAAAAUCCUCCUCACUUUACCCAGAUCUGUCCUCAUAGUCAUGCGCUACCUGUUUGCUUUCCUCAACCAUCUGUCCCAAUACAGUGAUGAGAACAUGAUGGACCCCUACAACCUGGCCAUUUGUUUCGGCCCCACGCUCAUGCCCACCCCUGAAACCCAGGACCAGGUGUCUUGCCAAGCUCAUGUCAAUGAGGUCGUUAAGACCAUCAUCAUUCACCACGAGACCAUCUUUCCUGAUGCCAAGGAGCUAGACGGUCCUGUAUACGAGAAAUGCAUGGCUGGAGGAGACUACUGUGAAAGUCCUUAUAGUGAGCAUGGAGUCCUGGAGGAAGUGGACCAAGACGGAGGCGCAGAGACACACACCAGUGAAGAUGAGGGCGAACCAAUCGAAGCCAUCGCCAAGUUCGACUACGUGGGCCGUUCUUCACGCGAGCUGUCCUUCAAGAAGGGGGCGUCUCUGCUGCUGUACCAGCGUGCUUCAGAAGACUGGUGGGAGGGUAGACAUAAUGGCAUAGACGGCUUGGUGCCUCAUCAGUACAUCGUAGUGCAGGAUAUGGACGAUACAUUCUCAGACACUCUGAGUCAAAAGGCAGACAGCGAGGUGGGCAGUGGGCACGGAGGAGACGAGAAGUGCUCCAGCAGAGAUCUGACCUCUCCUACAGACAGAACUGAUGCAUACAUCAGCAGUAGUCGUCACAGGAAGAGGAGUGACCCUCCGAAUCGCAAGCCACCAGCACGGCCAAGCGAUGCCCACUGCAUGGUUCACCCAUCUCAAAGUCACGGAAGUCAUGGGAACCACGGUAAUCAUGGGAACCCAGCCCUCAGCUCACCUGUGCUGAGCCAUUAUAGCCCUCGAGAGGUGGUGCGUGGCAGAGGUCCGAUGGUCACAGACAGCCCGGAGAGACGCAGACGCACAGGACACGGUGGCCUCUCAGGCCACAGCAGCCUCACCAACAUCAGCCGCCACGAGUCCCUGAAGAAGAUAGAGAGCCCCCCGAUCCGCAGAUCCACUUCCUCAGGCCAGUACAUGGCGAGAGGUCUGGAUCCAGAAAGCAUCGCACAGGACAUAGAGGAGACAAUGAACACGGCUCUGAACGAGCUGCGUGAGCUGGAGCGGCAGAGUUCGGCUAAGCACGCCCCUGACGUGGUGCUGGACACGCUGGAGCAGAUGAAGAACUCUCCGACUACAGCUGGCAGCUCUGCUGAUUCACUGAAUCGUCAUCCUCUUCGUCGCAGCACCAGCUCCUCCAGCGACGCCAUGAGCACCUUCAAACCUGCCAUAGCCCCGCGAAUGGGCGUGCAGCUGAAACCACCUGCUCUCCGUCCCAAGCCCAUGAUGGCGCUGCCUAAGGGGGGGUCAGCUCAGGCUUCAGCGUCACCACCCCAGGAUCCUCUCGACAAGUCUUGCACCAUGUGAGCCAAUCACAGCUCAGCAGCGGGUGUGAUUUUUCUUUGAUAUUAACAGAUUGCUUUGUAACUGUUACAUCUCAAUAUUUUACAUCUGGACUGGAUUAAAGGAAACUACUCUUCCUCUGUUCCAUUGCUAGAAAGAGAACAAGUGUGCAUCAGCCUGGAGAGAUGUUCAAGCUUACUACUAAUAAUGUCACAGGUCAAUAAUAAACUGUAACACACAGCAGAUCUUUGUUUAAACAUGUUUACCUGCCUAAAGGAUUUGAAUCUUUCUUUUUAGCUGCAUUGAAAUGUGAAACAUUCUACUAUGUUGUCUGCACCAAAAGCCACUUUUUAAUCCAAUGUUUGUGUAAAACACCAUCACAGCAUCUAGAAAUCCGUUCACUUGAAAUCUGCCUGAUCAUUUCUUUGCAUGUAAAUAGACCAGGUUCAUUUCUAAUGUAAUUCUCAGUAUGAAUAGAUGAUAAGGAAACUAUAACUAGGUCAUAUUCGACUGUAUUAUACAAGAAAGCAACAAA